AUGGCGGCGCCCGUUCGGCAGGUGCGCGGCCUGCUCGGCCUGGCGGCGCCUCUGGCCCCGGGCGCUCGGGGCUACCGGGCGCCGCCGCCGCCGCGCCGCUCGUCGCAGCCGUGGUGGCCGGACCCGGAGGACCCGCGGACCCCGCGCUGGCAGCUGGGGCCGCGCCACGCCGCCAAGCAGUUCGCGCGCCAUGGCGCCGCCUCCGGGGUGGCCCCCGGGUCGUUGUGGCCUUCGCGGGAGCAGCUGCGCGAGCUGGAGGCCGAGGAGAAGGAAUGGUACCCGAGCCUGGCGAGCAUGCAGGCGUCGCUGCGUGAGCAGCAGCUGGCCGAGGCGCAGCGGCGGCGGGAGAGGGAGCAGCUCAUCGCGGAGCGCAUGGCCAGGAUGCCCCAGAUGAUCGAGGACUGGCGGCGGCAGCAGCGGGAGCGCUGGGAGAAGGCGCAGGCCGACAAGGAGCGGCGCGCGCGGCUGCAGGCCGAGGCCCAGGAGCGCCUGGGCUACCACGUGGACCCCAGGAGCGCCCGCUUCCAGGAGCUGCUGCAGGACCUCGAGAAACAGCAGCGCAAGCGCCUCAAGGAGGAGAGGCAAAGACAGAAGAAGGAGGCGCGGGCGGCCGCCAUGGCCGCGGCCCCGGCCGCCUCUGCCUCCGCGGCUCCCGGCCCCUUUCCUCAAUAAAGCCUGCUGCCCGGCAGCCCCUAAAAACCCA